AUGGAGAACUCUAUCCGGUGGUUGGAGUUUGGGAGGGAUCCUGCUCCACAUCUGAUACCAGGAUCCUCCUUCCUUGGCUUCGGUGGGGGAUACCCCGCCAUGGAAAAUGCUGCCCGUCGGAGGAGAGAGGCCAUAAACCUUGGCCAGGUGCAACUCACGACUGCCGUAAAGCAGCUCGCUACCUCCAUGGUGGACCGAGAGAGGGCGCGGUCGCUGAUCAUCGUGAUCCAGAUGAUCUGCGAAUCGAUUAGAUUCAUUCGUAUCUCCGAUCAUCUCUUGGACAAAUACAAUUCAGAAGAGGGUUUGGCAGCCCCUGACUGGAUGCGGGAUCUAGAGGGCGACUGGGGAGACCUCUCUGCAGAGUUGCUGCGCCAGAAUGAACAUAUCUUCUACAGCUAA